AUGCUGGCGGUGGUGGGAGCGGCGCUGCUGGUGGUGCUGUAUGCGCGGCUGGUGAGCCGCGUGUUCCGGGCGGCGCGGCGGCGGUGGCGGAGGCGGCGGCGGAGGAGGCUGCUCAUGAUCCCGGGCUCCCCCACCGACGACUCCUUCGCGACGUUCACCACCUACGACAACUACUACCACACCUUCUCGCCGUACGGGCUGGACGACGCGGCCAUCAAGUCGCUGCCGUCGGCGCAGUUCCUCAAGUCGUCGGCGAUGGCGUCACGCGGCGGGGGCGGGGGGGAGAGCGCCGCCCGCGACUGCGCCGUGUGCCUGCUCGAGUUCGCCGACGGCGACGAGCUCCGCGCGCUGCCGCUCUGCGCGCACGCGUUCCACGCUGACUGCAUCGACGUCUGGCUCCGCGCGCACGCCUCCUGCCCGCUCUGCCGCGCCGCCGUCGCGCUGCCUCCCCCCGUCGCCUCCCCGGUCCGCGCCGCCCGCCGCGUGCGCCCAAGCCUCGACGACCUCCUCUUCUUCCACCCCGUCCCCCAACCACCACACGCCACCGACCCCUCCGCCGCGCCGGAGAUCAGCCCGGCGAGCCCAGACCAAGUCGGCCCGAGAGACGACUUCCUCCUCAAGCGCUCCUACUCCUUCGGCUUCGAGCGCCACCUCCUCGCCGUGGACGCCCCCUCCACCGCGUCUCCGCCCUGGCGCUACCGCCUCAGCAUCGGCGGCGGCGGCGGCGCCGACGGACCAACCCGCGGCGGGCGCAGCAGCUUCUGGAGCAAGCGCUGGCCAUCCCCGUUCGGCGGGGGCGGCGGCGGCGCCGCCGCCGCCCCCCGCGUCUUCUCCUUCCGCUCCUACCGCUCCGCCGCAGCGAAAUCUUCCCCGUUCUCCCGCCGCCGCACCGGCGCCGGCGCCCCCGCCCCAGGCUUCUUCAUUAUGAUGUGGCGGGACGAGACAACGCUGUCAUGCCGCCUGAUCGGCAUGACAAUGACGUGGCAAGACAACAAUAGCGUGGCAAACCGUUUCGCCCGCCAAUGUUGGUGA